UAAAGCCUUCUUCUUCAAUUUAAGUGAAGGCGCAUGGCUCAGUGGUUAGGCCAUUCGGCUCCCGAUCGUAAGGUCGUGAAUUCAAUUCCCGGCGACGCGUUGUGUCAUUGAGCGAGAUACUUUAUUUCAUGUUGCUCCAGUCCACACAACUGGCAAAAAUGAGUAGUACCUGUAUUUCAAAGGGCCGGCCUUGUCACACUCUGUGUCACGCUGAAUCUCCCUGAGAAGUACGUUGAUCGUAUCAGAUGGGACCGUCGUAACCGACGGAGUGCUUCAAUUAAAUCUUUUAAUUGGCGAGGAAAAGUUUCUGCAGUUUUUUUAUCCGCGCAAGACGAUUCUUCACAUUGUGUAGAUUUUACUUUUACUUGUUUCAGUCAUUUGACUGCGGCCAUGCUGGAGCACCGUCUUUAGUCGAGAAAAUUGACCCCAGGACUUAUUCUUUGUGAGCCUCGUACUUAUUCUAUCGGUCUCUUUUGCCGAACCGCUAAGUUACGGGGACGUAAACACACCAGUUGUCAAGCGAAGUUGGGAGGACAAACACAGACACACACAUAUAUAUAUAUAUACUUAUAUACGACGGGCUUCUUUCAGUUUCCGUCUACCAAAUCCACUCACAAGGCUUUGGUCGGCCCGAGGCUAUAGUAGAAGACACUUGCCCAAGGUGGCACACAGUGGGACUGAACCCGGAACCAUGUGGUUGGUAAGCAAGCUACUUACCACACAGCCUAGUUUUUUUUUAAAUGAUCGAACCUACCAUUGCUCGCUUCAAAUGUUUCAUUCGAUCCAUCUGAUUUAUCCUUAAGCGGAUUAAAAAGAGAAAUUUCUAUACUGCAAAUUAUAGCCUAAGUAGCAUAUAAAGUCUAUGAAUUUGACCGUUAAUCCAAGCUGUCAACAGUUUUUCUGUGCGUGAAAUUAAACUUUCAUUAUCUUUUCGUCGUAAACAAGUUAAAUACUUAAAUACUUAAAGAGCGACUUUCUAUAACUCUAUUUAAACAUCUUCCUUUUGCUUGAAGAUGGUAUAAACAGAUGAAGGAACCAUAUCAAAUUUGUUUGAUAAAUUCUUAAACAGUUGCACCUUUUCGUUUUAUUUAAUCAAUUCGUAUUUUAUUACUAAAGUAAUUGCUUUAUGUUUUUUCUUGUCCUUUUCCUUUGCAUCUCAGAAGUCUUUCUUUUUGAAUCCAUCACAAGGGUAUCCUAAAAAAAAUUUAAAUGCGUAGAAAAAUUUGAAAAAAGAAGAAAAAAAAGAAAAAAGAUGAAUGGAACGAAAGAAGAUAAAAUGCUGGUUCGCGUGAAAGAAGUCGGACAGACAGACACACAUCAAACCCAGAAAGCAGUUGCAGACGAUCGCUCGAGAAUGUCUGAUGGUAUUGGCAGCAGAAGCAAUAUAGCUUGAGAUGAUGGUUUAAAGAAUAAAGGAACAUAUACAAAAAACAUAAAACUAUAUUCAGAUAAAUGUCUGGUGGAAUUGCCAUGAAAUAUUUGCAGAGGACGAGGAUAUUUGUUAGAAAUACAAUAUAAAAAUGGAAAGGAAAUCAUAAGAAAGAAAGGAAGUUUAUGGAAAAUGUUUGAUGUUUGUGCUGCAUUAAAUGUGAAGAAAGAAAGAAAAAGAAGUGAUUUACCUGAUAAGAUGUCGAAAAAGAAGGGUAAAACUUCAUAUCAAUGUGAUAUUUGUAAAAAGACAUUCCAGAAACAAUGUAACCUAACGAUUCACAAGAAAAGUCAUUCAGGAGAAAAGCCAUAUCACUGUGAAAUAUGUGGUAAUUUAUUCUUGUUAAAAAAUCACUUAACUGUACACAAACGUAUUCACACAGGAGAGAGGCCUUACAGCUGUGAUAUCUGUGGUAAAUCUUUCAAACAAAGUGGUGACUUAAAGGCUCAUAAACGAACUCACACAGGAGAGAAACCAUAUCGUUGUGAUAUCUGUGGUAAAUCCUUUUCACAAGGCAACCAAGUUACUAUACACAAACGCAUUCAUACAGGAGAGAGACCAUUUCACUGUGACGUCUGUGGCAAAUCCUUCAUUGGAAGACAUGUCUUAAAGGCCCACAAACGCAUUCAUACUGGAGAAAAACCUUAUCACUGUGAUAUCUGUGGUAAAUCAUUCACUGGGAGUGGUCACUUAGCCACUCAUAAACACAUUCAUACAGGAGAGAGACCUUAUCACUGUGAUAUCUGUGGCAAAUCAUUCUCUCGUACCCAUCACUUAUCUUUUCACAAACACAUUCAUACAGGAGACAAGCCAUAUCAUUGUGAUAUCUGUGGUAAAUCAUUCUCUCAAAAAUCUGGCUCAGUUGUCCACAAACGUAUUCAUACAAGAGAGAAGCCAUAUCAAUGUGAUAUCUGUGGUAAAUCAUUCUCUCAGGCACAUCAUGUAACUUCUCACAAAAGCGUUCAUACAGGUGAGAAGCCAUAUCACUGUGAUGUCUGUGGUAAAUCAUUCUCUCAAAAAUAUGGCUCAACUGUCCACAAACGUAGUCAUACAGGAGAGAAACCAUAUCACUGUGACAUCUGUGCUAAAUCAUUUUCUCGAACCUGUGACUUAAAUAAACACAAAAUUACUCACACUGGAAUCAGACAGCAUCACUGUGAUAUCUGUGGUAAAUCAUUCUCUGGAAGUGGGGACUUGACUAGACACAACAGGAUUCAUACAGGGGAGAAGCCAUUUCACUGUGAUAUCUGUGGCAAAUCAUUCCCUGAAAAAAGUGUCUUAACUAUACACAAACGCAUUCACACAGGAGAGAAACCAUAUCAUUGUGAUGUCUGUGGUAAAUCUUUCUCUGUAAGUGGUGUUUUAACUAAACACAAACGUAUUCAUACAGGUGAGAAACCAUAUCCCUGUAUUAUUUGAGGUAAGUCAUUCUCUGAAAAGAGUAUAUUAUCUAUAUAUAUACGUAUUCAUACAGGAGAGAAACCAUAUCACUGUGAUAUCUGUGAUCAAACAAUCUCUCAUCCAAAUACCUUAACUACACACAAAUGUAUUCACUGUGGAGAUAGACUGUAAAAUGAUUUCUAGUCAAUCCUUUAAAAGUUAUUUACAUGUGAUGUGUAUUUGGGACAAUUGAUCAGAAGCUCAUGUGAUAUCUCUACAUGGACAAUUGCCAAUAAAUGUCGAUCAGUGGAAUUCUUCAGUCUAGCUUUACCAUGUACAGAGAGAGUGUUAAUGUACAAGGUGUAGGAUGAUUGCACAUACUAGGGUUGGUGGCAGGCAAGGAGUAGAAGAAUGUUGCACAUUUUGAGAGAGAAUCAUAGAAACAGAGGAGGAGGAGGAUAAAUGAAAGUAGAUACAUGAGAAGUUAUACCAACAGGAACUUAUUUUUAUUUUAGAAUAAUAAAUACUUUCCUUUUGAAAAUUUGUAUUCAUUUCAUCAUUUUGUGUGGAUAAAAGUUAAAUUUGUGUUCAUACCCUUUCUGUUAUUACCCACCGUUCAAGGCUUUGUUGGGUACAAUAUAUCGUUAUAAAAUCACAGGUAAUAUCACCAGGGGAAGGUUGAAUGAUGUUUGUUUAUCAAAUGCAGUGUUGCAGAAAUAAUGAGAUCUAGGUACAGAAUCUAGAGAUAUCUGGUGACUGGUUAGAAAUAAAGCAAACAUGCAUCACAACAAAGCAUAAAUUGUAGUGCAAGAAAAGCAGGAACUUUUCAGCCCCGUUACUUACUCUUUUACUUGUUUCAGUCAUUUGACUGUGGCCAUGCUGGAGCACCGCCUUUUAGUCGAGCAAAUCGACCCCAGGACUUACUCUUUGUAAGCCUAGUACUUUAUUCCAUCAGUUUCUUUUGUUGCCAAACGGCGAAGUUAUGGGGACAUAAACACACCAACAUUGGUUGUCAAGUGAUGGUGGUGGGGACAAACACAGACACACACAAAUACAUACAUAUAUGUAGAUGAGGAAUUGUUCUCCGGAAUCAGCCAGUCCAAGCCGACCCCACCAAAGAGGCUACAGGCUAUUACAGCCCCUAUCAGUAUAUAUGUAUACAAUUUGAAUGCAAGAUUAGAGCAUUUAGCUCUUAUUUCUAGCAAUGUAGGUGUUCUCAGUCAUAUUAAAUAAUGAUUGUAGUUCUCAUAUAUAUAUAUAUAUAUGCACCAUUUCAAGCGUGGCCGUCGCCAGUACCGCCUGACUGGCCCUCGUGCCGGUGGCACAUAAAACCCACUACAGUCUUGGAGUGGUUGGCGUUAGGAAGGGCAUCCAGCUGUAGAAACUCUGCCAAAUCAGAUUGGAGCCUGGUGUCACCUCCUGGUCUACCAGUCCUCAGUCAAAUCAUCCAACCCAUGCUAGCAUGGAAAGCGGACGUUAAACGACGAUGAUAUAUGGUGGGUUUCUUCCAGUUUCUGUCUACCAAAUCCACUCACAAAGCUUUGGUUGGCUUCAGGCUAUAGUAGAAGACGCUUGCCCAUGGUGCCACGCAGUGGGACUGAACCCAGAACCAUGUGGUUGUGAAGCAAGCUUCUUACCACACAGCCACACCUACAAAUAUCUUUUUUUUUUUUUUUAGGGAUUUUGCAUAAUAUAUAAUAUAACGUGAUGCUUUCCACAUCUAUAAACAUUAGCAUGCCGGGUGAAAUCCUUUGCAGCAUUUCAUCUGUUUUUGCGUUCUGAGUUCAAAUUCGCCAUGGUCAACUUUGCCCUUCAUCCUUUCGAGGUCAAUAAAUUAAGUACCAGUUGCAUACUGGGGUUGACCUAAUCAAAUGGCUCCCUCCUCAGAAAUUUUGGGCCUUGUGCCUAGUGUAGAAAAGUAUAAUGUGUGGCUGUACCUACUCUUGUAGCCAUGAUAUUUUCUUGAUGUCGGAUACAGUGUAUCUCUUCCCUCCUGGAACGCUAAUACACCGCUUCGUCUAUUGUAUUAUUGCUGAUAUGAAUGGUGUAUGAAAAGUCUUGAGCCGCAAAAAAACAAAACAUGGUACAAGACUUCUGAUGAUUUAUUUUUCAACAUAGUCCCGCCUCGAUGGCUGAACAGUUUCUUCAGUGGUGCUGAAGUGCCAUUAUCCCAGCAUAGAGGAACUUUUUUGUUUGAGACUCCAAGAAACUUCCUGCAGCGUCUAUGACGUCUUUGUCACUGGCAAAAUGGCGACCAGCCAGGGCUUUUUUUCAUUUUUGGGUAUAGAUGACAGUCAAAGGGAGAUAAGUCUGGCGGAUGGGGAACAAGUUCAUAUCCACAAUCACGAAUUGUUGCCAUGGCAACCACUGAGGUGUGGGCUGGAGCAUUGUCGUGAUGAAAAAGGACUCCCUCUGGUGAGCAUUCCCGGCCUUUUUUCUUUGAUUGCUUCUUGGAGGUGUUUCAGUAGCUGAGAAUAAUACAGCCCUGUCAUGAUGUGACCCUUUUCAAGGUAAUCGAUCUGCAAGACACCUUGAGAAUCCCAAAAAUGGACACCAUGACCUUGCCAGCUGAAGGAAUAACCCUGGCCAUCUUUGGGGUAGGAGAAGAUGUGUGCUUCCACUGCUUUGAUUGUUCUUUGGUUUCAGGCUGGUAGGGAUGGACCCAACUUUCGUCCAUAGUAAUGAAAUGAGCAAGAAAAUUCUCUUCAUCGGCUUCAAACAGUUCCAGAUUGCUCGUGGACAAAGUGCACCUGGUGCGUUUCUGUUCAGGAGUCAAAAGGCGAUGGACCCACUUUGCAGAAACCUUUGAGAACCCAAGUUCUUUUGUCACAAUGUUGUCUGCUAUUUCAAUUGAGAUGUCCAGUCUCUCAGCUAUCUGACGACAUGAUAUUCGGCGAUUUUGCAUUAUCAUACCAAGAGCAAGGUCAAUGUUGUCUUCGGUGGUUGCAGUUGGAGGUCUCCCUGGUCUGGGAUCAUCUUCCACACUCUCCCUGCCACGCUGGAAUUCAUUUACCCAGCGUUUGAUUAUUGCAUAUGAAGGAGCAUUGUCUGUUAAGGUUCUCACCAUAUCUUCAUAGAUUUCUGAUGGAGUCAUGCCUUUCAAAUGAAGGUACUUUAUGACAACACGAUACUCAGUUUUCUCCAUUUUGCUUGUAAACUCGACACUUGUUUAUUCAAAAAUCUGCAACAACAAAAAAAUUAAAAUAUCAGAAUCAUGAAAAUGAGCAAGAAUACUCCGAAAAGACUGUAUUAACCAGAAAAAAUUAUUUCAGCUACCUAGCAGCCCUGUUUCUAGGUUAGGCUCAAAAUGUUUCAUAGACCCCACUCAUAGCUCUGCAA